AGAGCAGAGACAAGCAGGGAAAGAGAAUUGUACACGUCUACUAGACAUCCUGAAUACGUUCAGCAUGUGGAAUCCUUUGCCAGUUUUCCAGCUGGAACCGAUCACAUCACCUCAUUUACGGUUCAUGGACUACAAAGAAGUCGGUGGUUUUCAUGCUGCCGAGUCCUUGUGGUGUGACCCUGAAGAGGCCGGACUCUGUGGAGGCGAUGCAGGUGUCAGACGAAGCACUGACUAUAAAGCCGUGGCCGAUGGUUUCUACAACUGCUUCACUGAGGGCCCCAAGCAGCACUUUGGAACAUGUGGGGACACCAUUGCCUUCAACAAGCCAAGACCUGCUCCAACGGUCAGUCCUCCAUCAAUACAGCUGCCUCUGGGUCCUUAUGAAGCCAUGCUCCUUCAGGAGGAAUCUGAACAUGGUGAUGAAAGUUCACUCCUGUCCUACCCAGACGAGGAACAGUGUGAAGAGCAGAACGAUGGCAUUACUGUUGCCACCAAAGGCUGGUUAAGGCUACGCGACCUUAUUCGUAGCCUCAGCGAGUCCUCCCUAGAUGAGAUUCAAACCAUCCUACAGCAGGCAGAUACCCAGCAGAGUUUCUCAGCUGGACAUGUUUCAGAUCUGGACAAAACGUUCUCCUCAGGUGAACCCACAGGAGCCAUCCUGUGCUGUCCUUCACAGCAGGCAGAUAUACUAAGUGGUCUCACUGGUGCCUCCAAAAACGUCUGCAAACGACACCAGCAGCAAGACGACGACGAUGAUGGUGAGCUAGCUCCUCCACCCGCAAAGAAGCCCAAGUGGAGUCAGAGCUCCUCACCUAUAACGGCAAGUUCCUUCAGCCGAAAGUGCCUCAGCCAAAGUCCUGCAGCCAAACAUCCUGCAGCUAGAGGUCCUGCAGCCAAACAUACUGCAGCCAAACAUCCUGCAGCUAGAGGUCCUGCAGCCAAACAUCCUGCAGCCAAACAUUCUGCAGCCAAACAUCCUGCAGCCAAAUAUACUGCAGCCAAACAUCCUGCAGCCAAACAUCCUGCAGCUAGAGAUCCUGCAGCCAAAGAUCCUGCAGCCAAAGAUCCUGCAGCUAGAGGUCCUGAAGCCAAACAUCCUGCAGCCAAACAUCCUGCAGCUAGAGGUCCUGCAGCCAAACAUCCUGCAGCUAGGGGUCCUGCAGUCAAACAUCCUGUAGCCAAACAUCCUGCAGCCAAAGAUCCUGCAGCUAGAGAUCCUGCAGCCAAAGAUCCUGCAGCCAAAGAUCCUGCAGCCAAACUCUUUUAGCUAAAACUUCUUUACGGUCUUUUUCUUUCUAUUUUUUUCUCCCUGUUCGGUUCUUCCAAAGGUUCUUCAGCUAAAGGUCCUUUGGCCAAAAGUCCUUUGCAGUCUUCUUUCUUUCUCUCUAUUUUUCUUACUUUUUGGUUCUUCCGUUGGUCCUUCAGCCAAAAGUCUCCCCCUCUCUCUCUCUUAAGAAAUGAUUGAAAAUAAAUGUAAGAGCAUCUA